AUGGAAAAAUUAAUGGAUUGGCUUUCAAAGAUUUGCACUAUUGUGAUAAUUUUGUUAGGUACCAUAAUCUAUCACGCAUUCGCUCUUUCAAUUACUUUACACGAUGUCGAAUGUCUAUCAGAAAAUGUUCUACAUGAUGGUGAUACAGUUUCAGGAAACUUUGUAGUCAUGGAUCAUGAUAUAUUUUGGAGUUCAGAUCAUCCUGGAAUUGAUUUCACUGUGACAUCUCCGGAAGGAAAUGUGGUGCAUUCUUUGAAGGGAACAUCAGGGGACAAGUUUGAGUUGAAAGCCACAAAAAGUGGAAUUUACAAAUUUUGCUUCCACAAUCCUAUUACUACACCAGAAACUGUCUCCUUUUAUCUUCAUGUUGGUCACAUUCCAAAUGAACAUGACUUAGCUAAAGAUGAGCAUUUGGAUCCAAUUCAUGUGAAGAUUGCUGAGUUGAGAGAAGCAUUAGAAUCUAUUAUAACAGAACAAAAGUACUUGAAAGCACGCGAUGCUAGACAUCGAAAUAGUAAGUUGUUCUUCCUCACUAGUAAUUGA